UAGCUAGUCAUCAACAUGGUGGACAUCAACUUAGAGUGCGUGCACCAGAUCGAACCGAAGACCCGUUCCUCUGGUCAGCAGCAGCAGGAGCAAUUGUCAAAGAAAGCCUACCUGGAGGCGGUGCGCAUUCUGUUAGUGCUGCUGGAGAACAUCUUGGCGCAGCCUGAGAAUUCGAUGUUCCGCACCAUACGGCUGGAAAACAAAGCUAUCAAGGAAAAGCUUCUCUCCUUGCCAGGCUGCGAGAGGCUACUAGAAGCCAUUGGCUUUGUACGCGUUACCGGAUCCAAAGCAUUUACCUUGCCCACUGAGGUGUCCUUGCAGCAGGUGCAGAAGUACCGAGAUGCGCUGAGCGAAAGACGCACUGCCUGGCUUGACGGCACAGUGUCGAAAAGUCCGUCUCAACAAAGCACCACCACGCCCUCGCCUUUGUUCAUCAAGCCUUCGGUGGAGUAUCGCCAUAGAAUCGCUUUCCCCCGUGUGUUGCGCACCAAUAACAACUUUCUGCAGUCGCUAGAACUAUAUUCCGAUGCAGUCAUGCAGUACGAGGACGAGCUGUUGCUGGCUACUGGCCGCACUCUGAUUCCGGUAGAAGAGCUUACCGAAACGGCAAGAGAGAAACUGAUAGACAUCCAAGAUCAAAUUGCGUCGGGUCAGCGCCAGGAGAAGGAGCCAUGUGUUCGCGACUUGCUGCUCGUAGAGCUGGUAAACUGGUUCAACACGCAGUUCUUCCAGUGGGUAAACAAUAUACCUUGCCGCGUGUGUGGAAAUGAAGAGAGCAAGCUGCGCCGUACCCAACGGGAAGGUGAUAUAAGGGUGGAGGUCACCGUCUGCUGCGGCCAGGAGAGCAAGUUCUACCGCUAUAACGACAUCUCCCAGCUCCUCGUUUCCCGGAAAGGCCGUUGCGGAGAAUAUGCCAAUUGCUUCACAUUCCUUUGUCGCGCCCUCGACUACGACGCCCGCAUUGUGCACUCCCAUUUUGAUCACGUCUGGACCGAGGUGUAUUCCGAAGCCCAGAUGCGCUGGCUGCAUGUUGACCCCUCCGAGAACGUGGUAGAUUCUCCGUUGAUGUAUCAGCAUGGCUGGAAACGUCACAUCGACUACAUUCUUGCCUACUCAAGGGACGACAUCCAAGAUGUGACUUGGCGCUACACGAAUGACCACCAAAAGAUUCUGCACUUACGAAAGCUGUGCGGGGAAAAUGAAAUGGUGCUUACACUGGAGGCGAUUCGAUCCAAGCGGCGACGAAAUUGCACCGCCGAUCGAAAGUUUUUCCUCAGCCAACGGAAUAUGUACGAGGUCAUUGGCUUAACGUUAGAGCGUAAGCCAACAGAAAACGAGCUGAAGGGUCGGAGUUCGGGAAGUCUUUCUUGGCGACAGUCACGUGGAGAGCACACUUUCACCAAUAUAUUCGUUUUCAAUCUGAAUGCAGCCGAGCUUGAAAAAAGGCAACUUAAUUUGCGGUACAGCUGUGCCACCGAUACAUACGAACGAUAUGUCAAAGACGAAGGUCUCAUCACUAUUUUGGAUACCUAUAAGUCUUGGCAAAGAGCGCAAUUUUCUUCGAAGAACAUAUUUCGGAAAGUGGAGCGCGAUUGGAAAAUGACAUAUUUGGCUAGGCUGGAGGAUACCGAAUGUGGGGAAAUUGUCUGGAAGUUUGAUUUCAGCAAGACCAAUUUAAAGGUUAAGUCGUAUAACUUACUUUUCGAGACAAAAACUUUUGGCGACGGAAAAAUCAGCGUGACUGUCGAUGCCACCGACGGAAGCGCUGCGGUUGAAAAUUCCACUGGCUUCCGGAUAGUGGCGAAGCUUACCGGUGGUAAGGGCGAUGUGGCAUGGCAACACACACAACUCUUCAGGCAGAGUCUUAGUUCAAGGGACUAUCCCUUCGAACUGCAAGUGGAACUAUAUUAAAGAAUAUAUUUUCCAAAUCAAAAUGUAAUUAUAAAAAAAAUCAUUAACGAUUUCCAGUCUGGAUAAAAAUGUUAAAUAUAAUCAAACAUUUAUAUUCUAAAUAAGAUUAUAGCACAUAGUGUCGCUAUAUGUAAUUAUAGCUAAAAAUUUUAAGACCAACUAUUAUGAGCCUCCUAACCGGAAAUGGAAACAGUAGAUAUAAAAAGUUCUUAGAUUUGGGUUAUGAACUUUAUUUUCUUUUAUAGGUACCACCCACCUUUUAUUUUGUUUUAAAUGUUAAAUAAACUUAUUUCAUCAGCAUUAAUAUACAAGCUUUCUACAAGCAUUCCCAAAAUACAAUACAAUACAAUACGACGCAAAGUUUCAAACGCUAUUUUG